AUGCCUAGCAUCAUCAAUUCACUGGAGUUCUGGGAAGAAAUACCCGCCUGGCAUGAGGUCUGCCUAUUGAAACGCCUAUUUCAAUCCUCUACAGACCAACAUACGUUCGCUGGAUCUUUCGAACCACUGUUGAAGAGAAAUCUGAUCAUCAUCACGCAGAUACUGCCAGCCGACGCAGCAAGGCGCCCAAAGCAUGAUCCUCCGGUACAGAGCGAUGGAAAACUCAUUAGGUUCGACCAAGAGCCCAUCUGGUAUCGGGAAAGAUUCUCUGCCUACAGCCAGAGGCACCUAGAUGGGGAGGCUCGGCGCCUGCGGACAAGCGAAAUAUCACUGCGUUACAUAUUCGCAGAAAAACUGAAAACUAUCACCCAUUUCUGCAGUGAUCCUUUGCUCGAUUUUGUCGAGGAACAUGUGGCAUCUGCUGUUGAGUUCGGAUUUGAGGAAAUGACGCCUGGUGGUCAAUGCAUUUACCCCAGCGAGUGGUUAGACGUCAUCAAUAGCUGGGUUAUGAGAUUGAAUCAGAAGGGUAACGUUCCUGCAUCGAGUCUUAACUCUAAUUGGGUCGAACUUUUAGAUGGAGUGUUUUGA